UUGUUUAGGUGGGGUUCGUUUUGAUAAAGAAGAAUCAUGGUUGGGUUUAAGAAUCGUUACAUGGUGGUGGAAGUGAACUUGAAUCCUAAUAGAGACCAACUCAAAGAUGACCCCAUGACAUUAACACCCUACAAUGUCACCAAAGCCAUUAAAGACUGUAUUCUUCUCAACUUUGGGGAGUGUGGUCUCGCUUCUUCAGUAGCAUCUUUCCAAGUCAAGUAUGUAAAUUCCAUCACGAAAGUGUGUAUCAUUAGAGCCUCAAGGGACGAGUACCAAAAAGUUUGGUCGGCGAUUACCAUGAUGAGGAGUAUUUCAAAUAUCCCAGCGGUGAUUAACUUAUUGGACUUAAGUGGAAGCAUCAAGGCGUGUAAAAAUGCAGCACUCAAGUGUGAGGAAUGGAAAUUUGAGCAGCGCAAGGUCGUGGCCGGGGCAUCUCUAUCGGCCGAGGUUAGCAGACAGAUGCAAGGUUGUCUUGACAAGAUCAAAGUGUUGGAACAUUAAAACAGUCCAUCUUGCCUUUGGCUUUAGUGCUUUGUGUUGUAUUAUAUGUCCUUUGAUCUCUUGUUCCUUUCAUCCUUUUUCUUUAAUAGCACACAAAACUCCUGUUUCAAUCACGGACCAUUUUGUUUUUCAGCAAGGAAAAAGAAAACUCA